AUGGCUCCUCGCAAGAUCGAGUUCUCCGCAGUCCGCGCCUGCAUCUUCGACAUGGACGAGCUCCUCAUCAACUCGGAGGACAUAAUAACCCAAAGCACCAACCAAUUCCUCGAGGGGUACGGAAGGCCUCCCUUCACGCGGUCCAUCCGCGCCCAGCUCAUGGGCGUCCCAGACUCGACGAAUGGCGACAUCUUCCACAACUUGGCCCAGCUGCCCAUCUCGCGGGAGCAGUGGGCCCGUGAAUGGUCGGAAAACUUGCGACUCAACUUCCCAGAUUGCAAACCGCUACCAGGCGCGGAGAAGCUUCUAUUGAACCUUAGCCGUGCAUGCGGCGCUUCGUCGGGGGACGCAAUCGAGCUGGCGUUGGCAUCCGGCAGCGAAACCGAUAGCUACGAACGGAAGACUUCGAACCCGGCAACGAAGCAGCUGCUCAGCUUCUUCCAGCCUGACAAGCGCGUCCUGGGUGAUGACCCACGCGUGCGACAGGGGCGAGGCAAGCCAGCGCCGGACAUAUACCUCGUAGCGCUCGAGUCGCUGAACGCGUCGGCACGCGCCUCCGGCGCGAAGCCCAUCAUGCCCAACGAAUGUUUGGUUUUCGACGACAGCGUCAUCGGGGUGGAGGCUGGACGGAGGGCUGGGAUGAGGGUUGUCUGGGUACCGCAUCCCGAUAUGGCGGUCGAGUAUCAGACGAAACAGGCCGAUGUCUUGGAAUACUUUGAUUACGAGAAGUACGGCAUCAGUGUGUCAUCCGAGACCUCGCAGAUGCACAACAAAGAUCAAUAG